AUGACAACGGACGCGUCCUUGUCAGGGCAACUUGAGGCAAUAUGCCUUCCCCCCUCUCAGCCUGAUCUCCCCAACCCUAGCCAGGGUGAGAGAACAGAGUCUGUCGCUAAUCCUGAUAGCGCCGCGGUGGCCAUCCAAACAUUGGGUGGCAGAAAUAGUGCAACUCCUGGCGGGCGACCCAUGGCCCCUUCCCCUGCGCAGGGAUCUCCUCUCCCAAGCGGGCGGGGAGAUUUACCAUCUGCACCCGGACCGUGUAGCGCUCUGGGCUUGGCCCGUGAGAGGUGGAACUUGAAUGCGGCAGGCCUGCCUGCACAGGUUGUUGACACCAUUCAGAAUGCAAGGGCCCUUUCCACUCGCCGGCUCUACAGUGGCAAGUGGCGGGUUUUUGAGGACUGGUGCGACUCGAGGCACGCCAUUCCAUAUCAGUGUUCCGUGGUGGACCUACUGUGUUUCCUACAGGGAUUAUUGGAAAAGGGUAAGGCCUUUUCCACGAUUAAAGUGUACUUGGCAGCCAUCUCAGCUUGUCAUGUUGGCUUUGGGGAUAAGCCUGCAGGGCAGCAUCCCUUGGUUUGUCGCUUCAUGAAGGGGGCGCGUCGCAAGCUCCCAGUUUCCAGGCCCCUGGUCCCUUUGUGGGAUUUAUCGGUGGUGCUGGAUGCCCUGUCUCAUCACCCUUUUGAGCCGUUGGAGGCGGUGGGGAUGAAGUUUGUGUCGCUGAAGGUGGUGUUGCUCUUAGCUUUAACCACAGCUAAGCGUGUGAGUGAUUUACAGGCAUUGUCUAUCCGUCCUUCAUGCUUGCAGUUUGCUCCGGGGAUCUCCAAGGUCUGUCUGCGGCCCAAUCCGGCUUUUGUGCCUAAGGUGGUUGAGUCGACCUAUAGGUGUCUCACGGUGGAACUGUCGGCGUUUCACCCGCCUCCGUUCUCCUCUGCGGAGGAGCAGAGACUCAAUACAUUAUGCCCGGUACGGGCCCUACAUGUAUAUGUGAGUCGGUCAGCUGCUUUUCGGAAAGGGGAUCAGCUGUUCGUGUCUUGGGCCACUCCCCAUAGAGGCAAGCCUUUGUCCCGCCAGAGGCUAUCCCACUGGAUUGUGGAGGCUAUAUCUCUUGCUUAUGAAAGUAAGGGCUUGCAGCCCCCCCAUGGCUUGAGGGCCCACUCCACAAGGGGUAUGGCUACUUCAUGGGCCUUAUUCAGGGGAGUGUCGGUGCAUGACAUUUGUGCUGCGGCGAGCUGGGCUACGCCUCACACCUUUGUUAGGUUUUAUAGGCUGGAUGUCUCAGGGCCUUCUGUUUCUCAAGCCGUGCUGGAGACGAUCUCACCAGACUCAAAGUGAUGUUUGCUGCCUGGCUGAAUUUGCAUAGCUUCGGGAGACAUAUGCAAUACGGGAGUGGUCUAUAUCUCCCAUAGUGAAACACCGAGCGAAGUUAGAAAAAGAACUUUGGGUUACUUAACGUAAUCCCUGGUUCUUUGAUAACAGAGUGAGGUGUUUCACCAACACGUCCCUCCUUGCAUUUACACGGAAAGAAACCGGUAUAGAAUGAUUUGAGGAGGGCGGGUCGACUGUAUAAGUGCAGGGGGCGGGACCCUGUGGCACAGUCCGACCUGUCUGUCAAGGACAGACGUGGUGCAAUUGGAGCUUCCAGUAGUAGGUCACGCCUAGGCGAUUCCCAUAGUGAAA